GGAGUUGUGCCUCUUGGAGCGAUGUUCUUGAUCGUUAUGUGUGUACUGGCCUCUCUGUUCUUUAUUGGAACUAUGUCGCUUGUCUUUGUGGGAGGGCGCAACGUCGUCACUUUCAAGAGCAUGCUUGAUGAAUUGGCCAGUGGUUCACCCGGGAUUGUCUUGCUCGGAGAAGACGUCGAUAUCGAUGUCGACGAGCCUUCCAUCUCGAUACGGUGGGCUUUCGUCGCCUGUGGGGAGGCAUUUUUACUGCCUGGAUCUCAAGGUGUCCAUGUCGGACAGUACAGGCCUGCAAUGUCACCAUUUGGCCGUGACAGUGGGAAAAGACAGAUGAUUCAAGCCUUGACGCGGUUCGAUGACGACCACGUACUCGACGUCCAUGAAGCCAAUCUCUACCCGUUCGACACGUACCGAUUAUCCAGCAUCGUUUGCGCAGUGAACUCCGCUACAAAUGAGACACUGCAAAUACAGAGAUUGAGCACCGUCGAUGUAACAACCAGCUUCACGGUCACCAUCACAGAUGCCGACACCUACAACACGCUCUCAGAUGGGACCCAAGUGCCCACUCGUGAAAUAGAGAUGAUAGUGCGGAGGGCACCCACUGUCAGACUAUAUGCUAUGAUGUUGUGGAUAGUGAACUGGAUGCUCACGCAUGUCACGAUCGGCUUCGUCGUGCUGGCUAUCAAGAGCGGGGACAUUAAGCGUGUAGGAUUGCACUCCUUGUAUGCGUUUGCCAUUGUUCUAGCGAUUCCUCAAAUCAGAAACGCAAUGCCCGAUGCUCCUGAUCUCGACGAACUCACAUAUACAGCAGACAUCAUCGGAUUCUUCCCUCAAACCAUUUUCUCUGGGGUGGAUGCAAUCCUUCUACUUGUUGUCAUUGCUUCGCGAGAAUUGAAGGAGAUGCAG